AACAAUCUCAAAUGAUAUUUGCAUUUGCAUUCUUUCAUAUGCAAAAUCCCAAAUUCACCAAAAUGGCUCUUCUUUUCCUCACUUUCCUAUGUCUCAUUACUUCCUCAAGGGCGGCUAUAUUAAACCGGAUCGGUAUAAACUACGGAAGGCUAGGAAACAACCUUCCAUCACCCGCGAAAUCAAUCGAACUUUUACAAAACAUGAACGCAGGUAGAGUCAAACUGUAUGAUGCUGACCAUGAAAUCCUCCAUCUUUUAUCGGGGAAGAACAUCGAGGUGGCAAUUACAGUCGCUAAUGACGAAAUCUCCGCCAUUGCUUCAAAUCAACAUUUAGCAGAUCAAUGGGUAUACGAACACGUCUUAGCUCACUACCCUAGUACCAAAAUCCGAUUCGUGUUAGUAGGAAACGAAGUCCUAAGCUCCACAAACACAGUUCAAGAUAUGCAAAUCGCAAAAGAUCUUGUCCCCGCAAUGAGACGUAUCAAAAACACGAUAAAAUCACAAGGGAUUCGGAACAUCAAAGUCGGAACUCCACUUGCAAUGGACAUGAUGGGAACGACGUUUCCGCCUUCAAACGGGAGUUUCAAGCCGGAGAUGCGGGAAUUGAUGAUUCCAUUGUUGAAGUACUUAAAUGGGACAAGAUCUUUCUUCUUUGUGGAUGUUUAUCCGUAUUUCGCGUGGGCGGAAAGUCGCGCGAAUAAUCAAACGGGGAUUGAUCUUGGGUUUGCUUUGUUGAGAAGUGGGAAUAUGACGUAUACGGAUCCACAAAGCGGAUUGGUGUACACGGAUUUACUCGAUCAAAUGCUUGAUUCGGUUGUUUACGCAAUGGCGAAAUUGGGAUAUGAUGAUGUGAUGCUUGCGAUUGCGGAAACUGGGUGGCCACAUGAAGGUGAUUCAGAUGAGUUUGGAGCGAAUAAAGAGAAUGCAGCUGAGUAUAACAACAAUUUGAUAAAGAAAAUGUCUGCAACUCCAAGUAAUGGAACUCCAGCUAGACCAGGGGCGAUUAUUCCAACUUUUAUAUUUUCAAUGUAUGAUGAGAAUCAGAAAUAUGGACCUGCUACUGAAAGACACUGGGGGUUGAUGAAUCCAGAUGGGAGUGCUGUUUAUGCAGUGAACAUAACUGGGAAGGUUAAUCCAUCUGAUUAG